AUGUACUGUGCGCAUGUACAGCUGACCUAUGGUCAGGCUCUUACGCUACUUCGAAAUACACAUAGGGAUCUUGGAGAGGUAGCGUCGUGGUCCCUGGCAGAGUUAGAAUUAGGCAAACCUACCAUCUACCUCACAACAGCAACAUCGCCGAACAGCAACGCGAGGGCACUCAGACCGCAGUACUUUCGACGCCACGGGAAGGCGAUACAGUCUUGGAUAUCACAGGGGAACCCUGGGUGGCAGGUUGUGUGGGUUGUCGCUGAGGACGAGGAGGUUAUCGACCCUCGAAUUUCACGAAUGCUCCGCAAGUCCGAAGUGCCGUAUAUUUACUUUGCCUAUGGACUGACUCGUGCAUGGGGCAAUGCACAAAAGAACGCUGUGCUGCAGAUGACUUAUGCACUGAGCAAUUCGAACAGCGGAUUGUUGGGCCACGGUCCCGUGUACGGACUUGAUGACGACAACAAGAUGCUCCCCGAGCUUCUGAACAUUCUGACAAAAGUCACUCGCGUCGGGGCAUUUCCGGUGGGAAAUCUGGGGUACGAGGGAUGGGAGGGGCCAAUAGUAGAUGAAGAGGGGGUUAUGAUUGAUACUGAGUCGGGCUGGAAACGAAAGUUUUCUCUCGAUUAUGGGGCAUACACUUUCAACUCUUCGUUACUCGGGACCCUGAUCACGGCGCCUGCGCUCUGGAAACACACCUCGUAUGCGGGAGAGAGCGAGUUCUUGGAACAGAUUGCUGGGAACAUCAGGCAUGUGGAACCAUUGUGCAGCAAGUGCCGUGUUGUAUGGCAUAAUGAAGGUUUGACAGAUCAAGAAAAGAUACCGGAGGAAUUCUGA